AUGGUUUGCUACCUGAACCUCAUCUCUUUCUCUCAAUUAAUUCUAUUACUUCUUUUCUCACUUUAUCUUACUCUUUUAUUUCAUUUCGCACUUCGCAUUCACAUUCACAUUCAAUCCAUGGAACCAGAAAACGCCUUUCGACAGCAACUUUCCAGCUGGAAUACCCGUCCUCCGGCCCGUGCUCCGUUUGCAGAAUGGACCGACUAUGUCAGAAAUACAACCUCAGACCUUUAUCUGUCACUUCCAUCGUAUAAUACUGCCACGACCACCGAGGAACCUCAGUGGUUUCGACUCUCAAGACUUGAAAAAUUGGUGGGUUUCGCAUGCUGCUUGGCUGGAUCCGUGCUCUGUUUCGUUACAUGUUUCUUCCUAUUUCCCGUAUUAGCGCUCAAGCCUCGUAAAUUUGCCAUGUUGUGGUCGUUAGGAUCGGUGUUGUUUGUGGUGAGUUUUGGAGUUUUACAAGGUCCUUAUAAUUAUGCCAAACACCUUGUGUCUCGAGACAGAAUCGUGUUCACAACUGUGUUCUUUUCAUCGGUGAUUUGGACCAUGUAUGCUGCCACGGUUCGAAAAAGUACCAUCAUGACCAUCGUGGCUUCGGCGGUGGAAAUGUUGGCAAUUAUCUAUUAUACCGUGAGUUACUUUCCUUUUGGAGCCCUGACAUUGACUUUUUUUGGGAGUUAUGUGGUGGGGUACAUUGGAGGGUUUCUUGGGGGGUUGAUAUAA